GGUGGACCCUCUUUUGGGCUUUUUACAGCGACUGUCUUCAUUUUUCGGUCAAUCUAGUAUGGAAAGUAGACAACAAUGGCUUACCAGGCUGAAAAAUGAACUUAGCAACAGUCCUCUGGUAUCAAAUGUGGCUUUUGGCUUUAUCCUCAUGGGACUAGAGAAGCUGGUGGAGCUGGAGUUUGAGUGUCCUUGCAACCCUACAUGGAACGGAGUGUUUUCAUCAGCAUUCUUCGUCAUUCCUGCCGUCAUGGCCUUCACCUUGAUGCUGAUCAUUCAAGGAUGCAGAUGUGAUACGUGGUGCAGGAAAACUGUUUCCCUCUCCAGUUUCGUUCCUGCUAUCGUGUGGCUGAUAUUGUUGUUCCUCGAUGGCCAAUACUUUGCUUGUGCUAUGACAGACUGGGAGGGUAGAUAUGUACUAGUUGACAAGGCAGCUCCGCAGAAGUGGUGUGAGCCAAUUAGUGAGGGAGAUGUCACCCCACAAGAACUAAUGCUCCGCUCGCAGCAGCUGUUUGUUUUUUCUCAGGUUAUAGGCAUAGUCCUCCUCAUUUUCAUCUGUGUGGGUCUCAUAGUGUAUGUAAUCAGAGAGAGCUGCCAACAAGAGGUGGAGAUGCAGGAUGCAGAUGUAGCUGAGCUCACUGUGCUCAGGAUGAGCUCUCUGCGGACCAGGACAUCAUGAGAGGACUCACACCGCCCAUCGCACCUGCCUUACAGGCAUGGACACUUUGUAAAUACCCUGAGCAGACUUUACUAUGACUUUCCAUAACUGUCAUCAAUGAGUGCAGUUAGAAAGUAUUUUUCCCCUAUAAAGACUGGACAGUGAUGGUCAAUGAUGCUGCCAUAUGAGGCUGCGUAAAUAUAAAUGACUGAAAACAGUGAUUCUGUUAUUUUCUCUGUAUUGUCAGCGAAUAUGUACCCAGUGCUGUGCCUGUGCUCGUCUGAUUCUGCAGUGCAAUGAGUUAUUAGUUUUUACCUGUCUUUAAAGGAAUAGUCAGAAAUGGGAAAUACACUUAUACGCUUUUUGCUGAGCGCUAAAUGACGAGAUUGAUGCCCUUCUCAUGACCAGUAAACAUGAAGCUACUGCCAGCAGCACAUUAGCCUAGCUUGGCACAAAGACUGGAAGCAGGAAGGAAACAUCCAGCCUGGCUUUGUCCAGAGGUAACAAAAUUCACCUUCCAGCACCUCUAAAGGUCACUGAUUCAUCUGUUACAUCUUGUUUGAUUGAUCCAUACAACGACCCAAGUGUGAAUAUGGAUAAUUCUGCGUUUUACGGGAGGUUAUUUGCUAGUCGUCUCCUUGACUGGGAGCAGUUGCUAGGCAACCGGCAGAGACUACAGAAAGUUUUUGCACCCAGUUUAGAGAUAGAUUGAUGCCACUCAAUCUAUAACCCCACCGACCCCCAAAAAUGGUUUCCCUCUUUUUCCAGUGUUUAUGCUAUAUUAAGCUAACUCUCUACCGAUUCCAGCUUCAUAUUUAGUGUACAGAUAUGAGAGUGGUAUUGAUAAUCUCAUCCCAGUCUCGGUAAGAGAGUGAAUAAGCGCGGUUCCCAAAAUAUCUAACUAUUCCUUUAAAGUGAUAUUUCACUUUUUUCACGUUUCGUGAAUUUUUAGUGGACAUGAAUUGUUAGCCACCAGCUCUGAGAUACUCAGUCGGUACCGCUCUCUGGUAUUUCAAAGUGAAAUUUCACUUGAAAUAUUUUUGUUUUUCCCCGUGGGUAGCAAAUGUCUCCGGACUUAUGUAGGGUCGGACCCCCGUCAUGUCUAAUCCUACCUAACGGUGAUGAUUCAGAAUGAACGGAUAUUCCUAAUGAUUUACCUGUAUGACAGCUAGAGAUGUAAAACCAUGUAUAUGAUGUUUUGUAUCAUGGCUGCAACCAGCCAAAAGUAGGAUGUAGACACAAAAUCUAUAACAAUAUUUGCAGCAUGUUUUUUUUAUUGUUUUGUAAUAAAAGAAUUUAUUUAUUUAAGUGAAA